CGCUCGGCAGCUGUCUAACUAGUCUAACCCUAACCCGAGUUCCUCACAUUUAGCACGAGUUACCCACUUCUAGUCAAUCCCCUGACUUGCUCGGCGGGGGUUACAGGUUUAUGUUCCCUGGCUGUACCUCGAGCAUUGAGCUUGCCAACAGGGGCAGACGCUUUGCUUUCCAAAGCCCGUUGGCUGUCUGUCGCGUCUCCGUCAGCGUGCCUGCAGCGCUUCCCUACUGCUACCACAUGGCCAUACUGCGCGACCUGCCCGUCGAACUGUGGCGACGCAUCCUCGAUUCCUUUGUCCGCGAAGACCUUGGAGAGGUCGCCCCCCAAGACUGGGAGCGCAAAGCCUGUUCGCCGGGGCCGGCGCUGCCUCGCUGUUUCAUCUUGUCGCAGGUCUGCCCCCAGUGGGAAACGCUUGUUACGCACUGCAUACGUGCCGCCAGGCUCGCUGAAGUGACGUUAGAAUGGGAUCAGUCGAAUGACGAAGUAGUCUUCACCCCGGGGGCCCAAAACCUCCGCGACGUCCUCACCUUGAACAUUCGCGGCGCCGUCGGGGCAAAACCGCCGGCAUCGUGGACCAAGUGGCUCGGUAGCGUGCCUAACGUGCGUCGCAUUCAUGUAUCCCAUGUUCCCCCGAACGCCUUCUUCGACGCCGCCUCCAAAUGCUGCCCGGCCGUCACCACCAUCACUGGAAAGGACUGGCUUGGACAAGGUCAUUCUGCUCAGGGAACAUACGUAUAUGUUGACCCGGAGACAGGGACGGCCACCCCAGCUACGUUGGGAGUUGACGCAAAGCUUUUGGGCAUAGCGCUGAGCCGAUGGCAUGCUGCCGGUUUCGGAGGCUUGCAUCACUUGCACAUGCGCUGGGAUGUGCGAAUCGAUGACACGCUAUUGACCACUAUGAUGAGGACAUGUCCUCAUCUGAGCUUUCCGAAAGAUCCUAGGGAUGAAUACUUUGGCGACACUUUCAUUACCGCAGAGCCUCAGUUCGACGUAUCAGAUGCUUUAUGGGAAAAAUUCGUGUGGUGGAUCGGUGGAUGGCGAGAGUUCGAUUGGGCCAAAGUGCAUGUGUCGCUUGAACACCCGGGGACUUUCCCUCGACGACUCUUGGCGUUCGCCCAAGCGUCGAAACCAAAUUUGAGAAUCCUCAGGUUUGGUGCUAGCGCGGGGCGCGACGGAGCUCGGAUCACAAAAGAAAGCUUGACCGCUGUCCUGAAGCCCUGUCCAAAGCUUUCAAAUCUUACAAUAUUUCCAGAAUGUUUCGAUCUAUCUGAAGGCGUGUUUGAAGGUUUCGGGCAAACAUUAGCCGAGCAUUGCCCGAAAUUGAAAAAACUUGUAAUCUCUUCGUGUGCUCAAUCUGCCUACGAUGGCGUGUCGUUUGAGGACGACGAUUUUGCACACAUCUCCGACCUCCCCAAUCUUGCGGAUCUGGAGGUCAUCCCCUGGCUCGACAUGAAGGCGAAGCACUUGGUUAGCCUCCUAAAAGUCCCGAAAAGCAUCGAUGAGCGAUCUGUACGGAUCCGAGGUGACGGCGAGCAGUGUUCACCAAAGGUUCUCCUGGAAUUUCUGCGUUGUUUAGCCCGUCUCCCAGAGGACUUCUUUGACACAACCGACUUUGCACUGGACUUCGAGCUAGGAUGGGACUAUGAUGAAGAUGCAUUUGAGAAAGGACAGCCGCUGGCGGAGGAGAUAUCUGAACGGUUUGGCGGGGACGAUGGCUCCUUCACGUGUCUGCUCGAAGAAGAACAGCUCAUCAUCAGAAUCGGUUCAGACGGAGAUUCGGAUUGAUCGCAAUCCAAUAGUUGACAGAAUGGGACUAGGAACGCGUGGGUAGCAAACACCUGAUGUAGAAAACACAUCCUCCGUUGAAAGGACAACUCAACCGGUGUAAAGGACAACUCAACCGUAGUCAACCUUCUGCGAGCAGUGAUAUACGCAAAAAAA